AGUACUGAAGAAUUCUUUGAACCUGUUAAUACACUGAGAAAAUUACUCCUCAAUUUUUAUUGGCUUUCAAAAUUAUGCGUUUCAAAACGGCGUGACCUUUGGACACCACCAUCCGCAUGAUUUAAUUGUUUUCUUGUUUUGCCAAUAUACAUAUUAUCAACACUGAACUUUUGCUGCUUGAGUCUGAUUACUAUACGUCCGUACAUUUAGAUAUUGUGAUAUCUCUAGCAGUUGUGUUGUACAGAUUUGCAACAUGGAUUGCGUCUAUUUUUAUGACCAUUUGGUGAUAUUCCGGAAAAUUGAUUAUAUCGAGUUAAAACUCAAAAAGGAAGUUCAGGGGUAUGAUUCAGGAUCCCAAGCAAGCGAAAAUACGCUAAACCUCGUAUCCCAACUUUUAACUGAAGCUUUGAAAGAUCGUGUAUCGCUCGUUUGUCCCAUCAGAGUUUGCAUAAAAGGCAAAAAAGACCUCCAUGGCCUAGGACUCAAAUAUAUUGGACAGCUCACUCAUGCAAUCCUCACCAAAGGUCCUCCAAGUAACACUCCGGCUGGUAAUGAAUUUCGCCAGUUUUGGGGCAAAAAGUCUGAACUUCGACGUGUUGAUGGUGAUUUAUGUGAAUGUGUUGUGUGGAAUGGUAAUUCUAAUGUCUGCAUGCAGAUCGUCAAUUUUAUUCUAGAAGAGAAAUUCCAUUUAUCUUCAAAUGUUAACGUAUCAAAGCCGUGGUAUCACAUUUUGCCUAAUCGUCUUGAUCCAUUUAUAAGCUUGCAUAGACGCAACCGAAAAGUCAACUUAGUUGCUGCCUCACCUCUUCGUCUGAUUAGAGCAAUGGAUAAACUCCGAGCAUUACUACGUGGAUUAAAUGAUAAACUUCCCCUUAAUAUUACGGGGAUUUUACCCUUAUCGUCAGCUUUUCGUGACACUUCGGUUUUCCCUCCUGUAUUGUCUUUUCCUAUGGCUAACCAAUCACAUCACGGGAUAAAAAAGUCAUAUUUUCAAACGGUUAAAUGGUUAUUGAGAAAAGCAUGUUUUCCUGUGUUCCCAUUGUAUGUUAUAAUUCACUUGGAACAAUCUGGAAGAUGGCCAAACGACUUAGAUGCAUUCCGACAUAUGAAGCGAUUACUAGUGAUUCGUAUGCAUGAAUUGCUAUCACCUAAAGGAAUUCCAUCUCAUGUUACCGUCGAUAACAUGCUGGAUAUAUUUUUACAAGGACUAGUAUUCCGAAUCGUAAUUUCACAAUCAAAAGAACUUAAUUUAAUUCAGAAAUUAAGUAAUUCUGAAAUCAAAACAGAUAAUAAAAAUAAAACACUUUCGGAGACUGGUGAUGGUAGUUCAUUAUCUAUUGAAAUAAAUUCCGAAGCUGCUUGUUGGAUUCGUCUGAAUCAAAGUUUACCAACAUUAGCCGGUACACUUAGUGGUGUUUCACGUACUUAUGCACAUGUGUUUCCUAUGGCAUGUCGAUUAGCUAAACGUUGGUUAUCAGCUCAAGGGUAUCCAGUGAUUCUAUGUCCAUAUGAAGCGGAACUAGAUGGUCUACAUAAUUCAUCAGAUUUUUUUCCACAAUCUGAACAAUGUUCGUCUGCACUAUCUACUUGGUGGUUAAAAGAUUUUAAUACAAGUACCAAUGAUGGACGUAUAACUGAAGUGGCUGUUGAAUUAUUAGUUCUUUAUGCUUCGAAGCUAUGUGAUUCUGUUGAUUCCGAGUCGAAGGAAGCUAAUCUUACUUCGAUCGGAUCACCUGUUGCUGCAUUCCUACGAUUUCUUGAUUUAUUGGCUACCUAUGAUUGGGAAAACGCUCCACUUCUAGUUGAUUUAAAUGAGGGAUUUUCUGUGGAUAUCAACAAACGUCAACUAGCUCUGGAUUUAUUUAAUCGUACACCUCGAUGUAAUUUACCCGCUUUAAUCAUAUGUACUCCACUUGACACAACUGGAACAGAAUGGACUGAAGUAGGACCAAGUCGAGGAGGUCUAAGUGAUUUGAAAUUGCUAGCGAGUCAGUCACGUGAUUUACUAAGAGCUAUGCUUGUUAGUAAUGCUCCGAUUAAUGAUCUACUGGUCAUUUUUCGUCCGGUCUUUAGUAAAACUGAUAUAGUACUCAAUGUCAAAGCAAAUAUUGUAAAUAUUCGUCAGUCAGAAUCGUUACAUGGAGCGUUGAAAAAAACGCAGCUUGCUGUUCCUGAAACUAAUAAUGAUAGUGACGUACCUAUGGAAUUCCCAGAUCCUGGAGCCCGUUAUUGGCCACAAAGAUACUGUUAUGAUCCACUGAAUUGGUUUGUCAAAUUAUUGCGAUUACGUCUAGGCAGGUUUUUUGAAAUCCGUUGGGAUCGUCAUGGCGGAAAUUGGAUAGCUCUACGAUGGCGUCCACAUUUCAUCCAAACAAUCAAUUCAAAAGAUCGAGUUACAUUAGUCCAAUCAAUAUUCAAUUCCGAUUUGUUGGAUGGUUUAACUCAACAUGCAAACGGCGGUCAACUUACUGAUUUAGUUUGUAGUAAACCAUCUGAUCUACCUCUUGUAUAUAAUGAUUAUUCAUUGGUAAAUUUAUUGUCUGUAUGGGCCAAGAAAUUUAUUGACUUGCCUAUUAAUUAUAAUAAUUUGACAAACGAUAUUAACAUCAGCAAAAAACGAAAACAUAACAUAUCUGAGGAGAACACAACUAAGUGUAUGAAGAACAAAAAGAAAAAAAACUAAAAGAAUAAUUAAAGUGAUGUACCGAUUAUUACAUGUAAAUAAAUAAUUAAUUGACGUUAAAUUCUAUUUGUGCAUAUGAGUAUUUGUCUAACUCUGGUGUUAUUGAGUUGCUAUUGAUCAGUUCAACCAUUCAAUUCUGUCAUUUCUCCAAACUUUGAAUUCUUCCCACUUUUGCUUCGUCAAGAUGAUCUGUAGUCAAUCCGGUUCUGUUAUCACAUACAGCUUCAUCUAAUUAAGCUAUGAGUUACAUCUCUUGUGCUGUAAGAGUUACUGACCCCUUGGCUACUCAAAGAGAACUGCUUCAAACAUUGGGUGUGUUCCUUUUAAAAAUCGAUUUCUUAGACCACUGAGAUUUUUUUCUCUUAACUUAAUUAAUAAUCAUGAAAUAUGACUGACCUGUAAAAUUUGCUAAGUAGCUAAGUAACUAGUAACAUAUUACUUUGACUAGUCACUUAUAAUAUUGAUAAUAGACUGUGUAUGAUCGACUGUGGUUGAUCGACCAAAGUUGUGUAGCUGAUUGUUAAAUUGUUUAUGUGUUGGUCAGUGCCAUUGAGAUUAGCUCCAAGUUUUACUUUUCCUCAUUUUCCUCAUUUUCGAGGACUUGUUAUGAAAGGAGAAUACCGUUUUGUAGUCGAUUCGCAUUAAUAGCCUGUUAGUAUUGAUUUGACUUUUAUCUGAAUUCGUCUGUGUUGUUAUUUGUGUACACUUAUGUUAUACUCGAGUAAUCGAAAUCCCAUCC